CCCAGAGCAUCCCAUUUUGAAAAUUGUGCUUGGCAGAUAGUUAAACACACUGUGUAACAUAUGCUUUUUAAGUAUAUCCAUUUCAUUUUUGUAUUGCGUAAAUUUGUUCGCUAGCCAUCAAAUAUUACACUGAAUCUGGUUGGAGCAAUUCUUUCGAGCAAUUUUAGUGCAGCUUUAUUAUUACCUGUCAAACUUGUCAUUUUUAUUUUUUAUUUUUUUUUUCCAGGCAUUUUUGAAACUUAAACCAGAACUUAUUACUCGAAUCUUUUAUCCACUCUUUUUAAUUUUAAAGCAUUGUGUGUUCUGCUCUAUUUUAUAAGCAUUGUUUACUAUCAGUGAUUUACAAAUGACCACACCAAAUAUCAAUAUUAGUUUCAAGCGAAAACAGUCCGUUGGUAAUAGUCCGUCGGGCCUAUCCUAUUCACCCUCUUCGCAUACGAUGCCCGCCAUUUUUCAGCAUCGCGAUAGCUUUGUUCAUCAAAGAGAAUUAGAAAAUAAGUUUUGUAGCGAUCUUGUUUGUUGUGGUAUCAAAGUCAAAGAUCUUCAUGAACUUUUACAUCACUAUGAAGAGCAUCAUCACGCUCCGAUUGAAGAGGAAGUGGAUAUGAAGGAAGUUAUGAAAGAAACUGUCGAGAAUAAUAAUCUCUCGACUACGAACCAUCCAGAAGACGAUAUUAUGUUAGAUGAUGUGGAUUCACCUUUUCCUUCACCCUUACCUACACAACCUCACGAGCUUGCUGCGCUAACAACGAAUAGUCCUAUGCUACGUAAAAAUAAUAUUUACUAUCCAGCGAUAUCCAACACGACUUUAAAUCAUAACGCAACCGAUUCAGCACUAUCAUCACCGGUUGCUAUGAGCCCAGUAGUAACGUCACCCACUAUGAGCCAGCAUACUGAGGAAAUCCUAAAUAAAGCUUUACCAGCAUUGAUCAAUCAGCAUCCUACUCCCGAAAAUCUGCAAUUGUUCAAGUCUGAGGCGCUCUAUCAAACAUGCGAUGAUGGCCAGGAUAGACCUUAUAAAUGUCCAAUCCGUGGUUGUGAUAAAGCCUAUAAAAACCCGAACGGAUUAAAAUAUCAUCAAAUGCAUGGCCAUACAGAAGAAGAAAGCGACGCUGAACGAGAUGCACAAAAACCUUACGUUUGUACAAUUGGUUACUGUAAUAAACGGUACAAGAAUCUAAAUGGUUUGAAAUAUCAUAUUGAACAUUCACAUAUUGCAAAAUUGAAGCAACUUCCCCCAGGAGCUAUAGCAGCAACAGCAGGAGUCAAUAUUUCCAACCCAUCUGCACCUUCUCCCGGCUUGAUGAGUCAGACAAUUAGCCAAGCGCAAUUCAACCCUAACAUUCUUUCGUCACCACAUCCAUCCUCCUCGACAUCGAGCGUGCCUUGGCAAACUCAUCCAGCUCAUCAAUUUUAGCUUGAAAUGUCUAUUCAUAAAUCAAAAAAGAUAAUCUAUGUUUUUCCUAUUGUUUUUCAUCUUUUUUAUUGCUUUGGAAUAGCUGUAUUUAUAUUUUUUUUUGUUUUUUUUAUCUAUUACACGAAUCAUAUACACCCCUCUUCAUCCAAACUUUUGGCACAUGUACACAUAGUUCGUCAGUUUACUUUUAUCUCAGCAUUUAUUUCUUAUACACGUCUGCAGCAAGCAAUAAUCAUAAUAGAGCUUGUUUGCAGAAAUAAACUUGGACCAGUACCAUUUUGUAAAGUAAAAUUAAAAGGAGAAUGGUGUUUGCUUUGUGUUCAGCUUAAUGUCAAAUAGAGUAGCCAUUAAUGUGUACGUAAGCGUAGAUAGACAUAGUUAUACUUUAA